CGAGCGCGGGGCCGCCGCGGCGGGAUGGGGUGGCUCGCCGCCUGCCUGGGGUUCUGCGGGGCGCGCGGGGCGCUCGGAGCAUCUUUUUAUGGUGAAAGCUAUGUGGGGCUCAACAUCAUAGAAGUUUCCUCUGAGUUAUCUCUUCAAUUAAAGUUUCAAACCAGCAAACCACAAGGAUUACUUUUUCUUGCAGCUGGGGAAAAUGACUACUGUAUAACAGAACUUCUAUCAGGAAACUUACGGGUGAGAGUUAAUUUGGGGACAGGUGAACAAGUGCUCCUUUCUGAGAAAAGACUUCGUGCGGAUGACUUGGUUUGGCAUUUAGUGGAAUUGUACUGUUUUAAGGAUAGUAUCUCUCUGGUUAUUGACAAACAUUAUGAGAGGACUGGCCAGAUCACCGGCGGGGUGCACAAUUUGCAUUGUCAGCAUGGAAUCUACGUAGCAGGCCACGGUGGACUUGAUGUCCCGUACCUAGAUGGAGAGAGCCCCAAUUUCCGUGGAUGUAUGGAGGAUGUGGUGUUUAACCAGAGGGAGAUCCUUACAUCCCUUAGAUCGUACCCUGGUUUUAAGAAAGUUUAUGAGGUGUCACUAGGAUGCAAUGAUGAAUUUUUUGCAGCGGAGGAUGAAGCCAUCAAUUUCUUUAGCUCCAGAUCCUGUGUCACCUUCCCAGAAUGGAGGGUGCAAGGGGACGGGCUAUUUGAAUUUGCUUUGCAGACUGGAACUCAACAAGCCUUGCUUUUAUUUCAGUCAGGUAGAGAAGGAGAUUUUGUUGUUUUGGAAAUAGUUAAAGGUUUAUUGAAGGCUCAUGUAGGAAGGAAUAAGAGUAACACCACGCUCUCUUCUUUUUGCUUAGUUAGUGACAACCAGUGGCACGUUAUUCAACUCAGAUUCACUGAAAGGUAUCUGGACCUGAUGGUGGAUGAACAGGGAGUAAGGACAUUGCUGCCUUUACAAAGCAAACCGUUUGUAUCUGAAGGCCCUCUCUUCGUGGGAGGUCUUGAUAGCCGCAAGGGAGAAGAAGUUAAAAGGUUAGAACUUGCCUCUGUGCCUAGGAAAUCUGCUCAAGGAAUCUCUUUCAAAGGGUGCUUAAGAGGCUUGGAAGCCAACUCAGAAAAGAAAGCAUUAAAGGAUGCCCUUAUUUCCAAAGAUAUAUCUGCUGGGUGUAAAAUGAAGAGUGGUGAUAACAAAAACCCUUCUGUAACAACCACAGAAAAGCUGCUUCAGGCAGAAGUUCCCCUUUCCACGGCCGACCCUGAGGUGGGCAAGCCUAUUCUUCAAGAAGCCAUUAGCUAUUUCUUGGUUCUGAAUAACUUGAAGGUCCAAGAAGGUGGGCAAGCCAUAGUGGAACAAAGGCAUAUGAAGGUGGAUGUGGAGUUGAAGGAUUUGGGUGUCCAUCAGUCUCAGAUACGAUUUAAAAUAAAGGAGAUGCCUACUCAUGGGUUCCUUCGAUUAGAUGUUUCCCCCAAACAAGAAAUGGAGAAGGCUUUUACUCUGUUAGAUUUGGGGCAAGGAAAAGUUUGGUAUGUCCAUGACGGUUCAGAAGAACCUAGGGAUUAUUUCACAUUUUCAGUCUCUUCCAACAGCGAGAAGGAAGUGCCAUUAUAUCUUCAAGGACAUGUUUCAUAUGUGUUUAACAUUAUUGUCAUUCCAGUAAAUGAUCCCCCAAAUCUUAAGCUCCCCGAAGGAGACUUGCUUCUCGUGUUUGAGAAUUCUAAGAAACGACUGACUCCAAAUAUCAUACAUGUGUCAGACCCAGACACAGAUUCCUUGAGUCUUAGUUUCUCAGUUCUUGGCAACUUCAAUUCAGAUGCUGGGUUUUUAGAAAACACCAGUGAUCCUGGGAGAGCCAUUAACGGUUUUACAUACGGGGAUUUAAGAGAUGGCAACAUUUUGUAUGUGCACAGGGGCCAUCGGAACUCCCGGAUCCUUCUGAGAGCAAGUGAUGGAGAGCUGUUUAACAAUACAGUGGUGUUACGGGUCAUGGCUGUUCCUUGGGACUUUGCAGUGGCCAACAGAACCAGUGUGGUCAUACGGCAGGGUGGCACGGUUCUGAUUACGCAGAGCAACUUGUUGGUGGAGGUUAAUGGUGAAGGCCCUGAGGUGGACACCCGCUAUGCUAUCACUCAUCCACCUCGGUAUGGCCAGAUUCAGUGGCAGGGGUCAAGUGGCGAGUGGAAACAAACUAGUACCGUCUCUCAGCGUUCCGUUGAUUGGGGUCAGGUCCGAUACUGUAGUACAUUCAAAGAAUUGCAGCUAGAAAAUGUUACAGAUCACUUUAAAUUUAAAGUUAACAUAGAAGGAAAAAGCAGUGAAGAACUGAUGUUUCCGGUUAUGGUACAAUGGCUGAAGUUUACCCUUCUGAAAAAUGUUCCUCUUGAGAUCAGUAAAAUAAACAGGCACGUAUUGAAUUCUGAUCAUUUGCAGGCUGUGACAGAGGGUGUGGAAGUAGCUGAGAGGGAACUGCAUUUUAAGUUACUGACCCCACCUAAGAAAGGAAAAUUGCUACUUGGCACAAAAUUUCUAAAAACAAACUCAGUCUUUAGCCAACAAAACGUUACAGACUCUAAGAUAAGUUAUGAACCACAGGGGAGGCCCAGGGAACAUCCACAAGACACUUUUAGGUUCUUGAUGGUUGCAGAACACAUCGAAUCAAAAGAUUAUACGUUCAGAAUAAAUUUUAAAGCAGAUAAGAGGGGCAUUAUUGUAACGAACAGAGGAUUAUUUGUAAAAGAAGGAGAAGAGAAAUUAAUCACAAAAUUGGAAUUAUUUGCUCAAACCUCGGACAAUCAGACUUUCCAGUAUAAAAUCACCAAGAGUCCUCAACGUGAGAAGCUGAAACUGAUUCGAUCUUCAGAUUCUCUGGGAAGUCAUGACAGUAUCACCACGUUCACUGAUCAAGACAUCUUGGGUGAGCGGCUCAUGUAUGUGCACGAUGACUCUGAGACCCAGUGUGACGAGUUCCUCCUCACGGCCUCCACCGCAGGCCCAGGCCAAGAGGAAGUGGUCAGGGACUUUGAUACAGAGCAUCUGUCUACGGAAAUUAAAGUCACCGUUUCUGUGGAGUUAAAGAACGAUGAGAAACCAGUGCAUGUGGUGGAUAAGGUCUUUCAUGUCGUGCGGAACGGCCAGCGCUUGCUGACCCUAGCUAAUCUCUGUUACCGUGACCCCGAUGCAGAUUUUGAUGAUGGGCAGUUGCUCUACACCCGGCGGGGCAUCCCGAAUGGGGACUUGGUGCAAGCCAGUGACCCGACUCAGAAACUCUACCAGUUCAGGCAAGAAGACGUGCGGGAAGGGCGUGUGCUCUUCAGGCAUCAGGGUGCAGACUCGGCCCGCUUUGUGCUGUUUGUGACAGACGGUGUCCACUACACAUCGUCCCUCCUCGAGGUCAGUGUGUCAGAUCCCUAUGGCCGCAUAGCCAACAACACAGGACUGCUGGUGCAGAGAGGAAAGGACAGCAGCCUCACGACAACCAACCUCAGUGUCACCACAAACCAAGAUGACACAGCAGACUACGAGAUCAAAUUCCACAUCCUGCGGCCCCCAAAGCAUGGCAGAGUGCUGGUCAACAGCUCAGGGCCCGGCUCAUUUUCCCUGCAUGACUUGAAGCAAGGACGUGUGAUUUAUAGACAUGACGGCAGUGGCAGCUUCGAUGUGUUCAACCUGACGGUGAAAGUUAAAGAUACAUAUUUAGAAGUGGGCAUGUCCGUGCAAGUGGACUCAGAAAGCCACCAACAUCACACCCAAAUUCUGCAUAGCAAGACCCUUGUGGUUGAAGAAGGAAAACCAGUAAAACUGAGUAGAGGAAGUCUCCAGGCUGGGCAUGAAGAUGAUAUUCCUUCAGAGGCAAUGUUCAUUGUUAGAACUCCACCAAUGCAUGGAUACCUCCGAAGAUCUUUACCAGACGAGGGCAGCUUGGGUACAGAUGAAAAGUCACCUUUGAUUUUUACACAACAGGACAUUGAUGAUGGUUAUAUCCAUUACAUACAGACAACUCCUGACCAAUAACAGGACUGUUUUUUACUGGAUGUGAUGAAUGGCUUCCAAGCUGUGAGUAGACUUGAAAUCUUGGUGGAUAUUGUCCCUAAGUGGAUUCCUCUGGAGAUACAAAAUUUCACAGUCCAGGAAGGUGGUUCCAAAGCACUUCCAGAAGACUACUUCAAAAUUCCAAGCAAACAUUUUGAGGGACUUGACUGUGAAUUUGUUCUACUCAAACCACCAAAACACGGUUAUGUUGAAAAUUCUCAUUUUCCAAGAGUAAAGCUAAUGAAAUUUACCAGGAAACAGGUAGAAAAUGAAUUGAUUUCCUAUGUUCAUGAUGAUAGUGAGGCGCUUCUUGACAAUUUCACCAUCUUUGCAAAUAGCUCAGAGCUUGGAAAACGGAGUUUGCCUCAAACUCUUUUUGUGACUGUCGAAUCAGUAAAUGAUGAGGCUCCAGUAAUAACAGCCAAUAAAAUCCUCCAGGUUCCAUGAAGCCCCUUUCAGCUCGUGACCUGAGAGCUGCGACCAAUGACGUGGACAGUGCAGGAAACAGAACUAUG